AUGGCGGACUUAAUCACUUUGGCGACAUGUUCUCUCAAUCAGUGGGUGUUGGAUUGGGAGGGUAACUUGAAGAGAAUUCGCAAGAGUAUCAUUCUCGCCAAGGAAGCUGGAGCUACGCUUAGAACGGGCCCUGAGCUCGAGAUUACAGGCUAUGGCUGUCUUGAUCAUUUCCUUGAGGCUGACGUAUACGAGCAUUCCUUGGAGUCACUCCUCGCAAUCUUGACUGACACCGAACUCCAUGGCAUUCUCAUCGACGUUGGUCUUCCUCUCAUGCACAGAGGGUGUCGAUACAACUGCCGUGCUAUUAUCCUGGACGGAAAACUACUCUGCCUUCGCCCCAAAAUCUAUCUUGCCAACGACGGCAACUUCAGGGAGAACCGAUUCUUCACUCCUUGGAACAGGCCGAGAUAUGUUGAGAAAUACAAUCUUCCUCCUGCUCUUCAGAAGCACCAGGGCGUUCGACAAGUCCCCAUUGGUGAUGUUGUUCUGUCCCUCAACGAUACAACUGUCGCCGCCGAGACAUGCGAGGAGCUCUUUACCCCCCAGGCACCUCACAUCAACAUGGCUCUCAACGGCGUGGAAAUCUUUACCAACUCCUCCGGCUCUCAUCACACGCUAAGAAAGCUUGAUGAGCGUAUUGCUCUAAUUUCUGAAGCAACUCGCAAGAGUGGUGGUGUAUACCUCUAUGCAAACCAGUCUGGUUCCGAUGGAGACAGGCUUCUCUACGAUGGUGCAUCUCUCAUCAUGGUCAAUGGCUCGAUCGUGGCUCAAGGCUCCCAGUUCAGCUUGGACGAUGUCGAAGUUGUUACCGCGACCGUUGAUCUUGAGGAAGUUCGCGCUUAUAGAUUCGCCCCAUCUCGCAACUUUCAGGCUGUCCAAGCUCCUGUGUAUGAGAGAAUCGAGGUUGAUUUCAGCCUGGGUCAUGAGGAUCUUGACCUCCUUCGUGCCCCAACAGCUCCUAGACCAGCCCGUUAUCAUGUCCCCGAGGAAGAAAUUGCUCUUGGCCCAGCUUGCUGGCUUUGGGAUUACCUCCGAAGAAGCAGGGCAUCUGGCUACUUGGUCCCUCUCUCAGGAGGUAUCGACUCCUGUGCAACCGCUACCAUUGUAUUCAGCAUGUGCAGACUCGUCGUUGAGGCUAUCAAGGCUGGUAAUGAGGAGGUCAUCGAGGAUGUCAAGAGAAUUGCUGUAUUCUCGGAUAAGCUCCCCGAAACUGCCGAGGAGUUCUGCAACCAGAUUUUCCACACAGUGUAUAUGGGUAUGGAGAAGCAGAGCAGCAAGGAGACUCGACAGCGUGCCAAGGACCUUGCCGAGCGUAUCGGUAGUUACCACACUGACAUGAACAUUGACGAUACCUUUCACGCCACCAAGAACUUGCUCACUCAAGGCACAGGAUUCGAGCCCAAAUUCAAGGUUCAUGGUGGAUCAGCGACUGAAAACUUGGCACUGCAGAAUAUCCAGGCACGCAGUCGCAUGGUCAUCGCCUAUUACUACGCUCAGAUGCUACCAACAGUUCGACAGCGACCAGGAGGAGGAAGCCUCCUUGUUCUAGGAUCUAGCAAUGUUGACGAGUGUCUCCGAGGAUACCUUACAAAAUACGACUGUUCUUCCGCCGAUCUCAAUCCUAUAGGUGCUAUUAGCAAAAGGGAUCUCAAGAGUUUUAUUUCAUGGGCAGCCAAUAACUUCGACAUGCCGAUUUUGGAAGAGUUUAUUCAUGCUACACCCACGGCUGAGCUAGAGCCUAUCACCGAAAACUAUGUUCAGUCAGAUGAGGUUGAUAUGGGCAUGACCUAUGACGAACUAGCUCGUUUUGGACGACUACGUAAGGAGAGCAAGUUAGGGCCGUACGGCAUGUUCCUACGACUUGUCGAAGAAUGGGGUGGAGAGGGCAAACUGAACCCACGAGAAAUCGCCACUAAGGUGAAGCGUUUCUACCACUUCCAUUACAUCAAUCGUCACAAACAAGCUGUGGCAACACCAGCUGUUCAUGUGGAAAAUUACUCGCCCGACGACCACAGAUUUGACCUCCGUCCUUUGUUCUACCCACCUGCCUUCCAAGGCUGGUCCUUCCAGAAGAUUGAUAAGCGUGUUGAGGCUCUGGAGAAGGCUCUGGAGAAGAAGAAGGCUGCAAGUACCUCGCAAUAG